AUGUUUCAAGUCUAUACAUUGCACGUUUUCAUACUUUUUAUUUAUUUUGUAAAUGCCGAGUUUAAGUAUAAAACUGAUUUCAAAUUAAUUAAACCGCAUGAAGUUUUGGAAAAAAGGCGCAACCAAAAUGGCACCAAUUUUGAUUCGAAAUUUGCUGCAGAAAAAACAUCUCGUGAUAACGGUGGUAAUUAUGGAGACUUAUUAUACAAAUAUCGACAAAAUGGAGACGUUUUGCUUUUACGCGAAGUAGUUAUUGCAGAAGUAUUAUACUCUAAUGAUCAGGAUAUACGCUGGACUGCUUCCAUUAACGGUGCUCGAAUAUCUUCAGUACGAGUUUUAAAUUUUGGAAGAGAACGUGCUUAUUGUUUACGAAUCGAUGUUGCAGCUGGGGAUGCUGAAGUUGUAUUGAGAAUCCCAUCAUUACAAGAUCCAAGAGUUAUGAUUGAAAUUUACGGUUUCUAG